AUGUUUUCUCGUAAACGACAGUUAGCACAAGUCAGUGAACAAUACGGCCAAGUUAAAAGACAUGGACCAAAAUAUCCGCAUACUCUCAACUUUUACACUUAUCCACCCCUUGAGAGUAUCACAAUUGAUGAAUUUGAAACCUUUGCUUUAGAUAGAUUGCAGGUACUAAAAGCUAUUGAAGGCGCAAUACUUCGUGAGAAAGCAGAAGACCAAGUCGCCAAGCACGUAGAUGCAACAAUCGAUAAAUAUAUUCCCCUACAUUCAAAUGAAGCGGUACUGGGCUAUGAUCUACCAGCGGAAAGAAGAAAAGAUCAUAUUUCUCAUUUUAUUUUGAGAUUAGCUUAUUGUCGAAGUGAAGAAUUAAGGAAUUGGUUUUUAAAAUAUGAAUGCAUACUAUUCAGAAUGCGAUUUCUAAAAGAAAAAAGCGAUAUACAGCAAGCGUUUUUAGCUGACGAGAAUCUUAAUUGGCCCCUUUUAGCGAAAGCCGAGAAAGAUUCCAUGAAGAAUGAAUUAGGACCAUUUUCAAAAACAAACUUUGAUGAUGAAACUUUUUUUGAGGUAGAUUUUGAAAAAGUAUUAGACCUAGUCUCACGACGUGCAGUAUACUUAAAGAGAGGUAAGGCUUAUGUUCCGUCAUCCGAACAAGUCACGCUCGUCUUAGGCGAAUUUCGUAAGAAACUUGAAGCUUCACUCUUAUUGGCUAGCAAAGCGUUUCCAAACUUAGAUGAUGAGCGUAUCAUGCCACUCUUAAAUAAUAUAAACAAGCAGUACUUCGGCAAGACCUUUACUGGCAAUAGUACUGUUGCUGGAAAAGUGACAGCUGAAGAUUUGGUUGAACACUUUCCACUGUGCAUGCAAAAUUUGCACAAAAAUCUUCGUGCCAACAAGCAUUUGAGACAUUACAGUAGAAGACAGUAUAACCUAUUCCUUAAGGGAAUCGGUCUUACGCUUGAAGAGGCACUUGUUUUCUGGAGGAAAUCUUUCACUAAAAUUGAUGAUGCUAAGUUUCAGAAGGAAUAUGCAUAUAAUAUUAGGCAUAAUUAUGGAAUGGAAGGAAAGCGUCAUGACUACGCACCAUUGAGCUGUGUGAGCAUAAUAAUGAACAAUCAUCCAGGCCCGGGCGAUAAUCACGGUUGUCCAUUUAGACAUUUCUCAGAGGACAAUUUAAGAGCUAGUUUGAUUGAUAAUGGCAUAAGAAGCGCCGACCAGAUUAAUGACAUCAUUAAUUUGGUAAGAGAUAAGCAUUAUCAGGUGGCUUGCACUAAAUAUUAUGAAAUUGCUAGGAGUAUAGAGAAAAAUAGUGAUGAUAAAAAACCUAUGGAAACUAUUUCACAUCCAAAUCAAUAUUUUGAGGCUAGUGUUAAACUCGCUAAAG